AUGAUGAAGGGAUUGGGCAUUUGCAGAACUUCAGAAGAUCUUUGGAAUGAGUAUCUUCGAAUAGAAACAUUCCUAAAUAAACUAAAGAAUCAAAAGGUUGCUCUUCGAGAGGAUGACCGUACUCACACAAGUGCUGAUGAGAAACAGUGGAGAGACGAAAAUAAAGAUUUAUACACGCUCCUUAAUCAAGAAAGAGAAUACAGUGAAGGGUCAGAUGCUGAUAAUGAGAAGUCAAUCAACACAGUUAAUAAGUCUCAAGAGCAAGGUUUAAGCAUAUUAAGAACCAUAUACAUUGAAGCAGUUAAAGCUCUUCCCUCUAGUUUUACUCUGAGAAAGCGGCUUUUGGAGAUCUUGGAAGCAACUUCCUUUGUUAAUUCAGAAGAAAUACGUAAGAAAAUACCAACUGACAUGAAGCGAGACUUCCCAACAGAACCAGAGUAUUGGGACUGGCUUGCAAGACUUGAAUACAAUCCUGCAAGCACACAGGAGAUGAGUGAGGAAAUCACACUUUCUCAGGUAGAAAAAGCAGUUCAGGUUUAUGAGUUGGCUAUUGAAGUUUUGCCUUCAGCCAUAAUAUUCAACCAGUAUGCAAAGUUUUUUAUGCAUGCCACUGCUCUACUAAAACGAGAAAACAACCUGUCUGGUUUAGCCAGUCCAUCUGCAGCUCUACUAGUUAUAUUUCACGUCUUUUAA